AUGACAAAAGUCCCCUGCAGGGUGGACAACGAACCAAAGCCAGGACCCAGAGGUGUAUCCUGGACCCUUAAGAGAGCAGCUUUCAAAAGGUGUAGAGAAAAGGUGCAUGUGUCUUCCAGGGUCUGGAAAAUUCUGACUGCUCCUACAUCAGUCUCCCAAAGCAUGGUGUGGCCCAGCAGGAAUUGGCCACACUGGGACUUGCAGAUGACAGCCGCUGUCAGGAGGAGGGGGACCGAGGAGGUCAGAGGGGUUGUCACGUGGCCCCAUGAGGCAGGGCGCAUCAGUCCUCGGUCCUCCACGGGGCAGAGGGAAACCGCGGCACCACGACUCCGAGCUGCCCGCGGGAAGUUUCUCUACAUCGUCUCUCAUCCUCUGCCCUGGCUGGCGCCUGCCUUUCCCCUGCAGCCCCUGUUGCUGCCUUCCUGCUCUCUGCCAGGAGUGGUGACUUUGAAAUGCUUCCUGGAUUCCUCCAGGCUGUGGCUGUUGGCUCUUCGAGGCUCUGGCGCCUCUGUUAUCACCAUUGCGGGUCCAGAGGUCACAGAAGGAUUUGCCAAGACUAUUGCACCUGGCCCUGCAUACAGUGGCAGGCAGAGGAGCCUGGCAUGCCCAGAGAGAGACGUGACAGAUGUAUAUCGUGAAGGUGGCCCAAGGCAGUUGUCACUACCGUGA